CCUGGGAGGGGGCGGCAAAACCCGCCAAGAGUACAUAUGUCUGUCUAAAGAACCUUUCUGAGCAUGAUGUGUGAGAGUUAAACCUGGCCAAUUUUUCUUCAGCGUGCCAUACUACACAGUUGUUCUCGGAUUGUUAUUCUCGGACUGGCACCGCGAACCACUCCGUCUGUAAAAUUCUGUAAAGCCUCCAGAUCUGUGCGGCAUGGGGUCCAAGCAAAAGGUCGUCGUAGUCGGUGCCGGCCCUGUCGGGUCACUGGCUGCGCUGUACGCCGCGCAAAGGGGCCACGAGGUGGAGAUUUACGAGUUACGAGAUGACCUCCGAGAUCCAUCCACAACUCCCCUCAACUUUACCAGAUCCAUCAACCUCGCCCUGUCCGAGAGGGGCAUCAACGCUCUACGCCAUGCUGGCCAGCCUCGCCUGCUCGAGGAAGUCCUUGCCGCCACCAUUCCCAUGCGCGGCAGGAUGAUCCACGGCAAGCGACCAUCGGGUGAGCUGACCGAGGCGUCUCAGGACUACGACAUUCAUGGCAGGACCAUCUUUGCCAUUGACCGUGCCGGCCUGAACAAGGGUCUGUUGGACAAGCUGGAGGAGAUGGACAAUGUCAAGAUCCUCUUCAACCACAAGCUGACCGGGGCCGACUUCCAGCGCCGCAAGGCCUGGUUCGAGGUCCAGGGAGGCGGCAAGGAGACGACGGGGCGCGCGCGGGAGUUCGAGAUCGACUAUGACCUCAUGAUCGGGGCCGACGGCGCCCACUCGGCGGCGCGGUACCACCUGAUGAAGUUUGCGCGCAUGGACUACACCCAGGAGUACAUUGACACGCUCUGGUGCGAGUUCCAGAUCAGGCCGAGGGAGGCGGGCGCGGGCGCGGGCGCCGACGGGGACGGGGACGGGGACCCAAAGCCCUCCCGGUUCGCCAUCUCGCCCGACCACCUGCACAUCUGGCCCGGCCGCGACUUCAUGUUCAUCGCCAUCCCGAGCGCCGACGGCUCCUUCACCUGCACGCUCUUUAUGCCGAGCGCCGAGUUCGCCGCGCUCGAGGCCUCGCCCGACGGGCUGCCCGCCUUCUUCGACCGGCACUUCCCGGGCGUCACGGGCCUGAUCCCAUCCGACGACCUCGUGGCGUCCUUCAAGGUGAACCCGCACCUGCCCCUCAUCAGCAUCAAGUGCUCGCCCUACCACCACUCGUCGUCGGCCGUCAUCGUCGGCGACGCCGCCCACGCCAUGGUGCCCUUUUACGGGCAGGGCAUGAACGCCGGGCUCGAGGACGUCCGCAUACUCUUUUCCGUCCUCGACAAGCACGCCGAGAUUGCGCGCGGGCCGGGCAAGGGCAACGACACCGACGACGACGACGACGACGACGACUCGACACGGCAGGACCGCGACCGCCACCACCGCGCGCAGGCGCUGGCCGAGUACACGGCGGUGCGGGCGCCCGACGCGCACGUCAUCAAUGACCUGGCGCUGCACAACUACGUCGAGAUGCGGUCGUCGGUCCUGUCGCCCGCCUACCGCCUGCGCAAGCGCCUCGAGGAGCUGCUGUCGGCCCACCUGCCCUCGCUCGGCUGGCAGACGCGCUACGCCCGCGUCUCGUUCGGCAACGAGCGCUACUCGGACGUCGUCCGCCGCACCGACCGCCAGGGCGAGCUCAUCGCCCGCGCCCUGCUCGCCUCGCCCGCCGUGGCCGCGGCGGUCUGGGUCCUGCUGAGCAGGCGGCGGGCGCUGCGGCGCGCCGCCGUCGUGCUGGCCUCUUGGGUCUCGCUGAUUAUGGGGAGGGGGUAGGCCUUUUGGUUGUGGUCUUUGUUUCGGCUCGGGUUGACGUUUGCCAACCAAGGCUCUGUAUAAUGUCGUGUUUCAUCAACUCUUUUCGAAUAUGCAAUGUAUCUCGAUGACGGACACGGGGACGGUAACGCUAGAAAGUACCUAUAUUGUCCUAAACCCAGACAGAAGCAGAACUAUCACAGCAACCACAACGCUAAAACACAAAUACAGUGAAUGGUUAUCCAGA